ACGAGGAGCAGGAUAUAAGGGAGUAUCGUCCUUCAAAACUGCUGGAUGUCAGUGGUGACCCAAUAUGUCCAUGGGGCAGAUAUGGAGAUACAUGUGACAAAAACUGUUCUAAACGCUGUAGUAUAUCACCUAGCCUGGACAUUAUACACUGUGACAGGGGCAGUGGACGUUGUUCGGAAGGAUGUAUUCCAGGCUGGUAUGAUGAUACAUGCAAUAAAGAAUGCAACACGAAAUGUAUCAACAACACCUGCAAUCACGGAGAUGGAGCGUGUACAAGAGGCUGUAAAGAUGGCGAAAAGGGGAACUUUUGUGAAAUUUCAGGGGAAAAACAUGAAACCAAGGGGAAUGACAGCACAACAUAUCUGUGGAAGAUACUCGUCCCUGUUAUUUGCAUCAUUUUUCUGUUGCUAGUCGCCAUGGUUCAAAUCGGUAUCGUACGUCGAUGCGAAAAUAAUGUGGAAAGGAACGACUAUAUGCCAGUGAGCAACGAAGGAAUAUUGCACGUGUCCCGAGAUGUCAGAGGGUUACUCAAACGGCCAAUUGCUAGCACACUACUCCAUAAGGCCAGUGGUGAAGGGAAUCUGGACCUCGCGAAAGAGAUCCUGAAUGGUGGUUUAUUAAAUGUCAACACCCGAGGGUCGUAUGGAUUGACACCAUUGAUGUGGGCUGCAUUGAAUGGGCACUACUAUGUCUUUGAAUAUCUCAAACAAGAAGGAGGUGAUAUGACACUAAAGGAUAGUGACGGCGAUAGCAUUCUUAGCAUGGCCUGUGUGGGGGGAAAUAUGGACAUAGUAAAGUAUGUAUUCUUACGCGAACCUACCCUUAUAAACAGACAGAGAAGCGACGGAAGAACUGCGUUGAUGUGGGCUGCAUCGCGUGGGAACACAACCGUGUUUGAGUAUCUGUUGGAUAGAAAAGCAACUCCUUCAUUAGAUGAUAAUGAUGGAAACAAUAUCCUUCAUUAUGCCUGUUAUGGAGGACACAUUGACAUUGUGAAAUGUGUCAUCGAUCAGACAACACUUAAUAUCAACACUAGCGACUUACUUGGAAGAACAGCAUUAAUGAUAGCAGCUACGUACGGACAUAAAGAAGUGUUUGACUUACUUGUUGGGAAAGACAGUGACGACAUAUCACACAAAGAUAAGGAAGGAAACAAUAUACUCCAUGCAGCAUGCCGUGGAGGACAUGUGGAGAUGGUGAAGCACAUCCUGUCACAGGGCCUGGUGGACAUCAACAGCCAAGGACAGGAAGGGAAGACACCGCUGUUGUUGGCAGUACAUUGGGAACAAGGAGCAGUGUUUAACUUACUUGUGAGCAGAAAAGCUGAUCUAUUACAAGUGGAUUAUAACGGAAACAACAUCCUUCAUCUGGCCUGCGAAAUAGGAAGCAUGGAGAUUGUGAAGUAUGUUAUGUCACAGAAGAGUCUUGACAUUAAAGCAAGAAACAUACAAGGUGAAACAGCUUCCAUGGUGGCAAAACGCAAGCACCACAUGGAUUUGUAUAACUUCCUCGUGUCAAAAGAAGGUUAAGUAUGGCGAAUUACAUAACACGCCCACGAAAGUCCAGAACAUGUUAUUAGUGAUGUGGGUAUGAAUAAAUAUGGAUGAAACUUGAUGUGUUAUUCAAAACAGUAAAGACAACACAGCGAAAAGAUUAGCUCCUCAUUAUGACAAUGAAGAAUCUUUUUGAUUUUGGGUACGCCAGAAACAUUUGAUCGUGUGUCCGAAUCCCCGUUCGCUCCAGUUCUAUUCCUAGGUUGGUCAGCACAUUCUUGUGCUCGAGGAUUUCACCUGAGACAUGUGUCAUAGCGACCGAUUUGGGACAACCUUUGUCUGAAAUGAACAAUCAAUUCCAAAGGUUCAUUACAUUACCCUGUAUAGUCCGUCAACCUAACUUUUGGACACCGUUUUUCUCAAUUUAAUUCUAAUUAGUUCAAAUUCAUGUAAUAAUAUGUAAACACAUCGAAAUAUUUCCCUGAGCUUUAAUAGAAACCAAUGUUUAAAACUUUUUCAACACUUGUGAAAAAGAUGCAGGGUAGAAUGGGUCUUCAGCAAACCAUGCUUGCAAUAAAAGGCGACUGUGCUUGUCGUAAAAGCCGACUAACGGGAUCGGGUGAUCAGGCUCGCUGACUUGGUUGGUUGAUGCAUGUAAUCGAUCCAAAUUGCGUGUGAAACGUCAUCGGAAGUUUGACAUCUUUGCUUGUACAUGUUUCACUAAUACUCCAACUUGAGGUACGAUUGUGUAAGGUGUCCAUCUGUAAAUAAGCACAUUUUUGGAAUUUUAUGUUUACUGUCUGGUGCUGACACUCGUUGGAAACAACUGUUUCUCAGUGUCGAUCUCGCAUGCAAUUUUCUCAUACCAAGCACUGACAACACGCAGGCUUAAUACAUGUCUGAUCUUAUUUUUCAUAUCCUUCUACUUCUAUUUCGUGUAUGUAAUAAUAUCGCUUACAUGUGCACGUGUCUGUGACAAUCUCACAGGGUGACUCUUCAGUGUUGUUGUUUCUUACUUACUUACUUUACUUACUUUUGAGAUUUAACGUGCGCUUUCCGACUGAUGCGUAUUUCGCACACGGGCCCGGCCAGGCCAUUUAAUGUGUUUCCGAAAGGGGCGAAAGUGGAUGUUGUUUCUUUAGUUAGUUCGUAUUUAUACCUUUUUAUAGUUAUUUUGGUUUGUGUCAACAUUAUAAUAAUAUCGCCUGAGGUACCUGUCUUGCUAAACAGUCCUUUGUUACAGUAUGUAGUGUCUAUUGUUAUUAGGACUUGUGUGGGCAUCGUUUACUGCAAUACAUGAACGCUGAGUCGCAUUUACAUCUUUACAUGUUUGUCAACUGUGUGUUGUGUAAUGUUUGAUUAUAGAUGUGUUGAAAUUUGGAAUUAUCUUUGAUUUCAGUUUUGAGCACACCAACAGAGAUCGUAUAAAAUAUUGAUUAUAUCUAAUAUUUAUAUUUUGUUAUCACGAUUGUUCAUAUGUGUUAGGUUACACAGUUUGCUUCAAAGGUAUUGCGUUUUUUUAAGAAUUAUGAGAAAGGACAUAUUUGCCUUGUAAUUGUAGAUUCUUUCAUGCAACUUACUACACAGUUGUAACUUAUUUAUAACUUGCUUCUCGUUACUUAGAACUUUGAAUAAAACAAGACAUUA